AUGCGCAAGUCAACGACACCACAGCCAGCCGGACCAGAGAGCAUCUCUUCUUCAAGGGUCUCUAAACUUGCCAGAAGGCCGCACCGCAAGUCAAGGAACGGAUGUUUCAACUGCAAAAGAAGAAAAGUCAAGUGUGACGAGGUGAAGCCUGCGUGCGCCAACUGCGUACGUUUCGGUAUUCCUUGCGACUUUGCACCUCAACCACUAUCUAGCGACGAUUCAGCUCCUCAUAGGUCGCCUCCAGAGAUCAUAUCAGUCCUGGCAGAGCCUGCUACGACACCGCGUCGAGGUCCUGGUAGGCCGCGCAAGGACUGGGCUGCUCUCACGCGACCACCACCGCCUCCUCCAGCGUCAGCAUCAGAUAGAGCCACGACAUCUCCAUCUUCAACUUCAGCUACCCCAGUUUCGUCGUCAACGAUAUCAAAUUCCCAGAUAUGCUCUCUGAACGUUGCUGAUGCAGAAUUACUAUUUCACUUUAUGACCGACACCUCAACAACCUUGCACGAUGCUGAUGACCCUGCUGACCACAUUGCAUCGUUCUGGGCCAAGAACGUACCCCAAAUCGGUCUUUCCUACCACUUUGUCCUACAUAUGAUGUAUGCCCUGGCUGGAUAUCAUCUCGUUUAUCAAGAGCCCAGGGGAACGGAGCGCCAUUCUCAAAAUCUCGCUCUAGCAGCACACCAUGCAGAACUUGGCAUCUCUGAGAUGAACAGAACUAUAACAAACCUUAACGAGACAAACUGCGGUGCGCUAUAUGUCGCCGCAGUUCUCGUCUGCUAUUGCACCUUCGCUGCUGGCCCCACUGGUCCUGAUGAUCUGCUCGUAUGCGUUGUGGGUGAUGGCAUUUCGCAGAGGUGGCUUCCAGUAAUACACGGCGUUCGGUUGAUUCGACAGAGUAUCGAACCGGCAACACUCUUUACGGGUCUCAUGGCCCCUCUCGGUGGUGGCGGCGCAAAACCGGACGACCCACGACCUGAAUAUCUGGUCAAGGGGUUCCCACAUCUCGAUUGGGUUGAACCUCUGGAGAAACUCAGAGGAUGGAUAGCGUCCCAUGAGAACCCAGACACUGUUUUGUAUCUGAGAGUUCACAAGUCGCUAUGCGACGUGUACGAGGCCAACUAUGGCAAUUCAAAAGGGACCAUCGAAGUCCCGAUCACAAACAAGCUUGUAUUUGGCUGGCUUUACCGCAUGCAAGACUUGUUCGUCGGUUGUCUUCAACGCAAGGCACCGCAGGCCCUGCUUCUUUUAGCGUAUUAUGUUCCAUUAUUCAAAACGAUGGAGAAGUGCUGUACUCGUGACAAGUGGUAUCCAAAGCGAGAAAUGAAGAAAGAGAUCGAGACUUGCGUCUUACGCGUAUACGCACAAAGUAUUCUUCAACAAUCGCAUGACUCGCAAUGCUUUCUUCUGAGCGGUCUUGGUUCAGUCGAUCUCGUGCGAGUUGUCUUUGGUGGGCUUCGAACAACCCGAGCAAGAGAGUGCCUAGUCCCAGGCUAUGGUCACCAGGGUUGUAUAGAUGUGUUCUUAACAUGCCAGGACCAAACAGUUGAUCCCGUUCCACCUUUAACGGGCCCUGAAAAUGACCAGACCUCCUCUGAGAAAUUGCGGCGUGGUGCUUUCUUUAUGAAGGUAACAUCGACAUCUCUGAACAGAACUUCCUCGGGAAUUCUGUUGUGCUUCAACUGGAUUCUUCUGCAAGUGGCGCAGUGCGCAGGUUCUCUGAAUGCUUCUGUCCAAUGUCGAUGUUCAUGA